CGCGGGUUGCUUAUUUUCUUUCUGCUCGCGUACGAAGCAAGAUGUGCGCGCGAUUUAGAAGAAAUCUCGCAUUCGGAAAACAGUCAAACAACACACAACAAUAAAGGUUACUUUGAUGUGACCGUAGACUGUGUGAAUAUCGCGCUUCCCUCAUACACCCACGCGUUGUUGCUUCAAAAGAAAGGAUAGGGAAAAUAGUGUUUUCAAUGUGUUGACCUUGCAUCUCUCGUGUGUGGAUAUAUCAGUAGCUGUCUGGGAAAAGUGCUAUCCCACAUUGGAUACGAGCUAUUUCUGUUAGAAGUUCUCCGUGAAGAUCGCCACCGAAGUAAACAUAUGCAAAUCUUGACCUACAGCGAGUUAGUGUAUGAUUGUGGUAUUUCUAUUUUAGUCGGAUGUAAACAAGAAAAAUCUGCGAUGUUACGAAACGAAAUAAAGUUUCAAUGUUAAGUAAGAAAUAAAAUAUACAACCUAUAUACAUUUGACGAGUAGAAUGCCGAGUAGGGUGAGCUGUGACCACUUGUCGAAGCAAGAGUGAAUAUUUGUCAACGUUGGUAAUAUAACGCGCAAUUAUUGGGAGAAAACGUGAAACCACCUCAGUGCUGUCAAUGUUAUACAACGCAUAUGGCAAAAUUAAACGCAGUGCCAAGUCAGAGUGAUAGAGAAUAAAGGGAGAAAACGUGUAUCCGCUAAAUCAGUAUCGUUGUCUGUGACCUGGUCCAGACGAGUGUAUCACAACAGUGCAGCGACGUACGUUUGAAGGUGAUUUGCCUUGCAGCUGAAUUUGCUUACCCACUCCACAACGUUUGACAAGCGGAUAUUCAAUAGCUUAAAGAUAGCUAUACUUAGAAAAAGCCAAAAUGCCAACACUACUGGAAGCCUUGGAAGAAAAAUACGGUCUCGGAGGCCAAAGAGACAAACUGGACGAGGCACUCAUAUCGAUAUUUGUGCCUAAACUGCCGCCCAGAUUGAGUAUUCCUGAAUUACUCAUUUUGAAUGACUGUAACAUCGAUAAAGCGGGAGAACCAGAGGAUUUACGCCGAAAAUGUUGUACCGUCAAGGAGUUGGACUUAGCUCAGAAUAAGCUGGAAAACUGGGAAGAGGUUUUCGGAAUACUAUGCCACAUGCCUCGAGUAGAGUUUGUCAAUCUGAGCCUGAACCGGUUGGGGGGACCCAUCGAUCUGCCUCCUCCUUGUACGAUGGAUCGACUACGCAGUCUGGUGCUAAACAACACAAAACUCGAAUGGUAUGGAGUGGAAACCCUUCUACGGCUGCUUCCAGUUUUGGAAGAACUUCACUUGAGCCUGAACGAGUAUACGCACGUUCUGAUCGAUACCGUCGUGGAUGAUGGAUACGAAACCGAAACGGCUACCGAUGAGUCCUGCUGUGAUGACACAACCUGCCAACAAUGCCAAGAAGAGGAACAAACCCAAUCUAGUCGUGGACAGAAACGAAGUGCAUCUGAAAGUUCUAUCUAUAGGAAAACGGAGGCACAUGCAGGCGUCCACAAACUGCAUCUUACCGGUAAUCAUAUCAGCCAGUGGAGCGAAAUCGAGCGAGUCGGUCGGCUGUUUCCAAAUUUGGAAGCCUUAGUAUUAGCAGACUGCCCUAUUAGGUCACUUUGCCCACCUGAUGCCCACAGCGAAGAAGAGCAAAGCAGUUCAUCGUCUUCCUCACCAACGAAAACGGAAAGCCAUGAGCAUUUCAAGAAUUUAACACUGCUGAAUUUGAGCAACGCUAAAAUUGAUUCAUGGGACGACAUCGAUCGAUUAGCGCGGUUUCCUGCCUUGAAAAACCUUCGCGUGCAGUGCUGGCCAUUGUGGGAUAAAUGUGAUUCAACGGAGCACGAACGACGGCAGCUGUUGAUUGCCAGACUGCCCAAGAUCAACAUCCUGAAUGGAGGGGACGUGAUCGGCUCGGUGGAGCGCGAGGAUGCGGAACGAUCAUUCAUUCGGUAUUACCUCGAUAAACCGGAGAGUGACCGACCUGACAGAUACUUUGAAUUGGUUGCUGUGCACGGUAAAUUGGAUCCACUAGUCAACAUUGACUUGAGGCCCGAGCGACGCGUAAAAAUCACAUUUACUUAUGGAGAUACCAGCGAGGAGCGUUCCGUGGAUGUUUACAGAACUGUCGUGGAUCUCAAGUCGCGUUUGGAAAGAAUCGUGGGGCUUCCAGCAUCGAAAAUGCGUUUAUUCUACGUCGAUCAGGAUUUGCGUGACCUCCAAGGUCUGGAAGAGAUGAAGUAUCCCCACAAGCGGCUUUACAGCUAUAACAUUCGCUCCGGUGAUGAAAUCAUUAUCGACCAGAAACAUUAGGAACACAAAUCCCGUAUGCAUCUUUUAUUAAUCAGAUUUAUGUAGCACGUGGAAAAUACGGAAAAGGAAUUCAAUAAACAAAACGAUUGGACUGCCAUCGCUAUUUGUAACAACGCAAUCAAAUCUAUAUAUUGCAAUGCAGCUACUUUAUACAUCUCAUAAUUUACAAAGCGCUUUAAAUAGCUGUAGUACGUAAUAAUGAAACGUAAUUUAACAACAUAAUAAUUUAUGUGUAUCCUUUUUGUGAACUGCACAAAUCAAACACGUGCUGUACUAACGUAUCAGUAGCUUAGAAAUUUGAAAAAAGGAAGGACUGUUGAGAGAAAAUUGGCAGUUGUAAGAGUAGUCUUCGGUUAGACAGAAUUUAAAUCGUGCACACACUAUUCGAGUGAUGCCUUCGUGCAACGAAGCAGGACUAAAAUCAUGGUUCUACUUAAAAUGUGUACGUAAACAAUGAUUGUGAUGAUAUAUACAUGUGAAAGCAAUUAAUUAUAGCCUACAGUGGAAAUAAAUAAUAAAGUAAAUAAACAUUUAAA